CAGCCCGUGAACGCAGCGCUGCUCCCAUGGUCCGUGAACGCAGCGCAGAGUGUUGAGGUGAUCCAUGGCAACAGCGGAGCAGCGAGCGAGCGAGAGUCCGACACACACGCACUCUCCCCCCGCUACCGUAGCCGCAAUGCACCGAGGAGCCACCGCGACCCACCGCUGACACACCCCGGCAUCAAGGUGACCGACCCGGGGGGGGGUGGGGUGGAACCAACCAGCCGGGGAAACAGCUCCACAUCGGCGGCAGGUGACGGCAGCUCGGAGCCGCGGCUCGGAGAACAGACAGGAUGAAGCGAGCUGACGUGAGCGGGGCUUAGAACCAGAACAACCCGCCUGUGGGGUGAUUUAACACGGACACGAGCGAACAUGAGCCCCGGUGAGAACCGCGUCCGGGCAGAGAGCGGCUUCUGAUAGUCAGUGUCACGGGGGGGAAGGGAAAGGGGGGGUGGGGAGGAACCACCGCUCCGUCCCAGCGGUGACCGCCGCUCUCCGGCUGCUUCACCAGCACCGUCCGCUCCAUCGUCUCUUUAAUACCACCACCACCAUCAUCCUCCUCCUCCUCCUCCUCAUCACCACCACCACCGAGCGGUCCUCUCUGUGAGGCAUCAUCGUGAAGAUGGCGACCGGCUCGGGUUGGCAGCCGUAUUACUGCCCUGCUGCUGCCGGGCAGGGGAAAUUUACCUCCCCCACGACACCCAGCUUCCAGCCCGGCAUCACCCUGGAAUAUACCCAGGACCUGCACCUGAAGAUGAGCAAGAAGAUAGCACAGCUAACCAAGGUUAUCUAUGCUCUGAACACGAAAAACGACGAGCACGAGGCGGCCAUCGCCACCCUGAAGGAGGCGCACGAAGAGGAGGUGCAGCAGAUCCUCUCGGAGACCAGAGAGAAGAUUCUACAGUACAAGAGUAAGAUCAGCGACGAGAUGGACCUGAAGAAGCGGAUCCAGUCUCUGGAGGAGUCCAUGGAGCUCCACGAGAGGAUGAAGAGACAGGCGCUGGCUGAGUUCGAGAGCUACCGUCAGAGGGUGGAGGACAUGCAGCUCUGCACCGAGGCUCAGCACACGCAGCGGGUGGUGUCCAUGUCGAGGGAGGUGGAGGAGAUGCGGCGGUCCUUCGAAGAGAAGUUGCGCACGUUCAGCCAGGCCCAGGCCCAGUUCGAGCAGGAGAAGAAGGCGGCCCUGGAGGAGCUGAAGGGCCAGCACAGACAGGAGAUCCAAGAGCUCCUGCGCAGCCACCAGAGCCAUAACGCAAACUACAGCAAAGACCAGGAGAAACUGGGACAGCUCCACAAGGCUGAGGUGGAUUCUUUGGGGGAGCGGGUGGAGGAGCUCAAACAAGACAAAAAGAGACUGGUGGAGGAGUACGAGGCCAAACUCAGCAAGGCUCAGGCCUUUUAUGAGCGCGAGCUGGAGGCCAUGAAGAGAACGCAGCAGCUGACUGCCGACAACCUGUUGGCAUGGAAACGCACCGAGGCCGAGCUGCGGCGGGAGUUUCAGAGUCAGGAGGCAGCUCUUCAGAAGACCCUGGGAAAACUGCGGGCCGAGCUGGCCAGGGUAACGGACGAAGCCCGGGAAAACCGGGACAAGUCCCACAAGCUGCAUUCGUUACUCAACACGGCCGAGAGCAACGUCAAGGACUUAACCAAGCAGCUGGAUGAGGUGACCCAGAACUCAGAGAUUGUGGAAAUCCGUCAGAAGGAAGCCGAGUGCGAACUGGAGGCAGCCAGAGACCGAGUUCAGCAGCAAGCCACCGAAAUACUGCUCAAAGCCAGUCAGAUAAGCAGCCUGCAGGCCACCCAGAUGACUCAGGAAGCGGCCAUCAGGGACCUGGACAACGAGCGGAGCCGGCUGAAGGACAAGGUGCUGAGGAUGGAAGAAGAGAGAGAGGCACUGCAGAGCCAGAGCCAGGCCCUGGACGAAAGACAGAAACAACAGAUCCAGUCCCUGGAGAAGACCCUGCACGAGGAGAAGACGUCCCACGAGAGGGAUAUGAACCACAUGCAAGCUCGACACGAGGAGGAGGGCAGCCAGAUGAAGGAGAGCCAGACUCGAGCUGUGGAGGAAGUCGCUAAGAAGCACAGGGUGACCCUGGAAACGGCUCUGAACAACGCCGAGAAGGAAAAGAACCGCCUGCUGGCUGAGCUGGAGCAGCAGUUUGAGAGAGAGCGCCUCCAACUGGAGGAGCACAAGACGCUCCUCAGGCAGCAGCUGGACGAGCUGAAGGACGAGCUGACCUCCAAACUCACCGCGGCCACUGAGGAGGUGUCUCGGCUGCAGGGGAAGUUGCAGCAGGGGGAGCAGGACAUGGGGACAGCCGAGGGACAGAUCUCCACCCUGAAGGAGGCGCAGGACAAACUGCUGGAGGAGCUGGACGCUACCAGGGCUCGUCUGAGAGAGACCAGCAACCUGCUGUCUGCACUGCAGUUGCCUGCAGAGCUGGAUUCAUGCCAGGGCACAAACAAAUCUCUGAGCUGCUCAGACUGA